GGAGCCUCCGUGCGCCUCCCUCCGUCCUGCUCCCACCGCGGGGUCUCCAGCCGUUUUCCAGGCGGGGCGAAGGCUCUGGCCCGGGAGCCCUUGCGAGGCCGGUUGCCUAGGCGACCAGGGGCCGCGUCUCUCCGUCGAGAUCUAGGCCACGACCAUGGGGACGACUCCUGGGGGAACGAGCCCCGCGGGAACCACACCCGAGGCGGAGAGAGAUGCUGAAUUCCAGGAGCAUGAGAAGAUUCUGUCUCCAGAUUUUCUUUCAGUUGCCCAAAUCACUGAUUUGCAAGCAGAGGACGCAGGUGGAGUUCAAGACUUAUUUCAACACUACAAGCUAUAUGAGUUUCUGUUCUACUCUACCAGGGAAGAAAUCGUGAUAGGAACUGAGCAAGUGAUAGAGGUUGUCAAGCCUGCAGGUCACCCCUUCCCAGAUCCUCUGGAAGAAGGAAUGUCAUUUGAUAUUUACUCAACAUUCAUAGAGCGACCCCCAACACUGGACACGGAAAUCAAGGGGUUGGACCAAGAACAGGGCCCAGAGGAGUCCCAGACAGAAACUGACACUUCAGACAUGGAUGCUUUAGUCGGUUUCACCAUUGAAGAUGUAAAAUCAUUGCUGGGUCAAGUCACAAAUGACAUUUUAAUCGGCAUUCAGACCGAGAUAAACGAAAAGCUGCAAAUACAGGAAGAGGCUUUUAAUGCACGAAUAGAAAAAUUGAAAAAGGCCUGAGGACUCGGUAAAAGGAGAGUGAUGCUAAACUUCACAGAAACAAACAAAACCAGAUGCAAUAAUAAACACUCUAGAGCAUCGUAUCUCCUUUAUUUAGUUGUGAAGGGAAACCCAAGCCCUGCUUUUCAUUAUCCUAAGUAAUUAGAAAAGUACCAGCCCCAAUUUUGCUAUCUCCUGUCCCAUAACAGCCUCUGAAUUUAUUGCAUCAAGUGUAAUAAGAAUAUGUUGUAUACAAGAGUUUGGAGAAUUAUAUAUAAAAAUACCAUUACUUUUACGAUAUUGUUCUUUGACAUUUUGACUAAUAAAUGCUAUUCAUCUUCAAGGAGAA